UUUGGAAAAGUUUUACCUCCGUUUUCCAGCAACUCCAGUUCAGCUUUUCAGAAUGAGGCGAGCCUGUCACCGCGAGCUCGCGCUCCUGCCGCUGCUGGGAUACCUGGCUUGCCUGACGCGCGCGGAAGUCUCUCCAUUAGGACGUGUAUUCUUACUGGAUUUGGAGAGUUUUUCAAAAGCUGGACAGGAGGAAGGGUUCGAGGCAGCGACACAUGCCUGCAUCGCUCAAGGGGCCCAGGUGGCAUCUGGGGCCGACCUGCAUCACGCAGUGUUGGAAUGUGCCUUCUCAGCCUGCUCGCGUGGUUGGCUCUCCGGACCGAGCGUGGGGACCACAGUGUGCAGCGACGUCCCGGGGAGUUUGAGGCCAGUUGACGUUCAGCUGGAGAAUUUAACUGCGAACGCUGAGAGUCUGGGCGUGUUCUGUGUGAAAGAUAGUGAUGCUCCAUGUGGGCAGCCUCCUUCAUUUCCACACUCACAUCUGCAGGGGAAAACUGGGCUGGAUCUGGGGGAUGAACUCCUGUACGCCUGUGACCCAGGAUACAAACUGCCCAAUGGAGAAACGGCCUUCAGCCUGCUUUGCGACAGCUGUGGAGAAUGGUACGGCCUGGUGCAGCACUGCGUCAAAGAUGAUCCUGAAGGCCACAUCGACUAUGAAGAUAAGUUAACAGAAGGCCAUCUGAGGGAGGAGCAUCAUAUUUCCUUGAUUCCAGGAGGAACGCAGUCAACUGAUCAUGAAGUAGAAGAAUUUACUCCUGAGCCUGAGCCUGAGCCUGAUCGGACAGUCGUGUCAGAGGAGGAGGAGGAGGAGGAGGAGGAGAAUGAUGAAGAUUCAAAAGUAUCAGUCACUGAACCUCCAGUGUCAGUGCUCAGUCAGAAGCACAUGUUCUGGUUCCCUUCAGAGGCUUUCCAGGAUGAGAAGAAGCAUCCGGGUAUCACUACGGAUACCUCCUCUAUUAAAAGCUCCAGUGAAGAUGAGAAUCACAUGAAGGUCAAAACAACCGACAGCCAGUCUGAUCCCGACACGAUCACAGAGGAACAUGACCAUCCGACUGAUCCUCCCACUGAUGAACCUGCCAGCCCCAGUGCCGGUGGCACGGAUGAAUCCUGGCUAGAUGGAUAUCCUGUUACUCAUGAUGAAGAUAAAGCUGGAGGUGAGUCCACAGGGGAGGUGGGACCAGAACAGGGGGUGGAGACAGAGAGCGUGACUGGACACUCAGAAGUGGAGGUGUUUGAGGAUGUAAACCAAAACCCUGUGGAAGAAGAGACCGGAGGUUUGAGUUACAGUCCUGAGGAGGAAGAAGAUGGAGAAAUGAAAAAUCCUGAGGACAAGAUCCACAGAAAAGGAGACGAGGAGGAGCUUGGCAAAGGGACAAGCAUACUUGAAAAGGAAGAGUCUGUUGUAUCACAUUAUGAGGAAACGACUGAAGGACUUGCAGAAGAUGAAAUGGAGAAAGAGACGCACACUCCAGAGGAAACUCUGGACUCUGAUGGAUCCGAAACAUUGGGGUUUGAUGGUGUUACUGACAGUCCAAAUGGUGUGGAGAUGAAAACCACCACCUUCAUUACUCAGACUACACCCAGUCCAGAUGAUAUUGCUCUCCACAAGGCGUACACACCAGCUUCCGCUCCUGAAAAUGUGAGCACCAGUCAAGAAGGUCUAGGCCCCGAGAACACGUCCACCCCUUCGGGGAUGGUAAGCCUGGAUGAUGAAAUCACCAGCAUGCCCACUCCCGUCAUUAAGGAUCCAUGGGAAACCAUUGAUAAUGGCCACUUACUGGAGCACAUCCCUGGUCACAUCCCGACUGAAAUCCCUGAAAAUCGGAGCGUGAUGGAACGAGGUGGAGAUCCCAGCCUGGACCAGCAGGAGCGGGCUGGGGAGGGUUCUUGUGUGGAAGACCCCUGUCACGGUUCAGGCCGCGGGCCGAUGAUCGCGGCCAUUAUCAUUGGCGUGGUAGCGGCAGUGGUGGGCGUGGUCUUAGGGGUGUGGUGUUAUAAAAAGAGGCAACUAAAGAGCUCGCACUAUCAGCUCAAUGGAACUAACAGGCAAACGCAGUGCAUUGAAUUACAACAGACUGUGUGAGAGUCGUGCAGAUCCUCACAGCUUACACAAGCAUCCAUACAAAGCCAUUCAUGUGUGAACAUUACAGUCUGCGUCCACCAGGGCUGAGCAAAAUCUAGAAUUGAAUUAUUGGCUCUCUUUUGAUUCAGAAAUGUGAAUUUGAAAUCAAUCAAUCUAUCUAUCUAUCUGUCUAUUGUUCGUUCACUAUCUAUCUAUCUAUCUAUCUAUCUAUCUAUCUAUCUAUCUAUCUAUCUAUCUAUCUAUCU